UUUGCGCUUUAGAGUCGAGUGGGAUUCCUCUUGAUCUUUUCGUCAUCUUUGGUUUGUCUAACAAUCCAAGAUGGCGGCGCUUGUGGGAUUGCGCGCAUGUUUCUCUGCCCUCCAGCUCUCUCAGCCAAGCCUCCUGCACAGCUCCCUCAGAUUUUGUGCUGUGCCCCUGAGCCGGCGGACCUUUGCUGCGGAGGCGAAGAAGACGUACUCCCGGGACAAGCCUCAUGUGAACAUUGGAACGAUUGGCCACGUUGAUCACGGCAAGACCACCCUGACUGCAGCCAUCACAAAAGUUCUCGCUGAUGCUGGCGGUGCUAACUACAAAAAGUAUGAAGACAUCGACAAUGCCCCCGAGGAGAAGGCGAGAGGAAUCACCAUUAACGCCUCUCAUGUAGAAUACACCACGGCCAACAGACAUUACGCUCACACAGACUGCCCUGGUCAUGCUGACUACGUCAAGAAUAUGAUCACAGGCACAGCUCAGAUGGACGGAUGCAUCCUGGUGGUGGCAGCCACCGACGGCCAGAUGCCUCAGACACGCGAGCACCUCCUGCUGGCCCGGCAGAUCGGCGUCGAGCACGUGGUGGUUUUCAUCAACAAGGCAGACGCCGUGGAGGACAAGGAGAUGCUGGAGCUGGUGGAGAUCGAGAUCCGCGAGCUGCUCACGGAGUUCGGCUAUGAUGGCGAGAACACGCCUGUUGUAAUAGGCUCCGCCCUCUGUGCCCUGGAGAACAAAGAUCCUGAGCUGGGUGUUAACGCAGUGAUGAAACUGCUUGAGAUUGUGGAUUCUUACGUCCCUUUGCCCAAGAGAGAGCUGGAGAAACCUUUCCUCCUGCCCGUUGAAGGGGUUUAUUCUAUCCCAGGCAGGGGAACGGUGGUGACGGGUACUAUGGAGAGAGGUAUCAUCAAGAAAGGAGACGAAAGUGAGUUUUUGGGACACAAUCGCAGUUUCAAGUCUGUGGUUACAGGUAUCGAGAUGUUCCACAAGUCUCUGGAUCGGGCAGAGGCGGGAGAUAACCUGGGCGCUCUGGUCCGAGGCCUGAAGAGAGAGGAUGUGAGAAGAGGGAUGGUGAUGUGUAAACCAGGAUCCAUCAUGCCGCACCAGAAAGUCAAGGCCCAGGUGUAUAUUCUGAGUAAGGAGGAGGGAGGCAGACACAAACCGUUCGUCAACAACUUCAUGCCCGUCAUGUUCUCUCUGACCUGGGACAUGACCUGUCAAGUCAUUCUCCCUGAAGGAAAGGAGAUGGUGAUGCCAGGAGAGGACACGUCCUUGACUCUGACGCUCCGUCAGCCGAUGGUUCUGGAGAAAGGCCAGAGGUUCACCCUGAGAGACGGAAACAGAACCAUCGGCACCGGUCUGGUCACAGACAUCCUGACAUUUAAAGAUGAUGACCAAUGCAACUGGGGCUGACGGGAAACGGGGAGAGGGCUCAUCAAUGAAGUCUGGAAAUACAAAUUCAUAAACACAUGGAAAGAGAGACUCAAAGUACUGCACGGCUAUGUUCAGUUCCACUUCAACCAAAACACCUGUUUAGCAGUGUAAUUGUGACGUGACUGUCAAAACUCAAAUGUCAUUUAUGUAAUAAAAUGUAUUUAAU